AAUGUAAAAAGAAAAGAAAAGAAAAAUACACAGUGGUCAUGAAAUUGCAAACAAAUUAAAACAGCACUAGAAGAGAUCUGUGUUCAUCAUCUCGGGACUAUAUUCUCAGGGUUCUCUGGGGAGAGGGGAUGCUCAUUUGGCCAGGGUGGCCUAGGAAGGUGCUGCGAGAAGCCCUUUGUCUUCUGACUCCCCUCCUUCCUAUUUUUCCUGCCUCAUUUCUUUUUCCUUUGCAAAAUCUCUCAGAGUCGCAACAUCUGGAGAACCACGCAGUUGACACUCCAAUCCAGCCACCACUUCUCCAUCACUUUCUCCAGGGACCGCUUCCCUUCCUUGCAUUACAAACUUGGUGUGGUCGUCAGCUUUUGAUGCAGCUACUGACCUAAAGGACAGGACCUGACUUUCCUCCAGAGAUCUGUUUCUCCUGGGCGCCGCUAUUGUGGAGCUUCCGAGAUUUGCUCUGCGCCCGUUGCCUUGCGGUACGGUCUUUGUCCAGCCUUCCCAGUAAGAGUUUUGCGCUCCCUGCCACUGAGUGAAUGGGGGCCCCGUCUGUGCUCCAGCCGUCUCUCCAAUCCUUGCCACUACUUCCUCGCUGCCACCAUUGAUCUGCCACGUUAAUGUUGAGUGUGUUGUGUUUUAAAGUCUUAAGGAAGAUGCAGAGACGGCACAGCAGCAUCACGGACAGCCUGCCUCCUGAAAGGUUAGUUCUGUUUUAAAUGUACGGCAUCCUUCUAUCUUAACAACUCACUAGGGAUGCGGGUAGAGACACCUGUGCCCUUCCAAAUAUUGUUGGACUCCCAUCAUUCUUGAGUGUUGGCCAUGCUGGCUGGGGCUGAUGGGAAUUGGAGUCCCACAGCAACAUCUGAAAGGCCACAGUUUGUUUACUGGAUUUGUAAACACUUCCAAGCGACUCAAGGUGGCAUAUGUGGUUCCCCUGAUCUCCAUUUUAUUCCCACAACAAUUCUAGGUUAGGCUAAGAGGAUUGUUCACAAUUAGGCAGGCGCCAGGCGCAUUUUGCACCUGGCUAUUGGCCAUUUGCGACCAAGUGAAGAUGCCUGGGUGCCAGGAUGGCUUCUGAUAUCUCCACCAUCUGGAGGUGCCUGCCUGGGGAUCAUCGGAUCUUGCCUGUUUUCACACACUUAAUACCCCAUCCUAUAGAAUUCUAUCUGUUCUGUUUUACCUGCACAAUCAGAAUUUCAGGAACCAAAAUGUUUUGUUUUUUUCCUGUUCAGCUUGAGCGGGAGCAGUGAACAACGUGAUAGUUAAUUGUUGAAGCUAGGCUUCACCCCACUGCCCUGCUCACAGUUGCGAAGAAUAUUCUAACGUUAUUGUCAGGUGGAGUUGCAGUUGCUCGAGAGUAAGCAGGCAGGACUCCAAUCUGUGUUUUACAGGCUUUAUUUUGGUGCAGACUAUUUACAGUGAAGAGCCCCAAAGCUCAUGGCUGGCUCAAUUGCUAGCAGAAUCCGGGAGUGGUCUUUUUUUGUACCUCCCCCAACAUAAAAGUUUCGUUACCCACAACCAUUUCCGCCCCUCCCUGCGCCCCAGGCUACUGCGCAGGAUGGGUGAUGGCAAGGGCGUGUUCCCGCCCCCCCCCCCAGGCUUGCUCAGGAGCGGCAUUAAGGCUCUCACUAGCAUCCUCUGGUCCUUGCACCUCUUCUCCACUGGAGGUGGGGCUUUCCUCCUCUCUGGAAGAGGAACUGCUUCGCAAGAUUUUUGGAGGCUCCCUGUAACACAACUGCCCUUCUAUUUCUCGCCUCUGAGCUGAUGGCAGUUCCUUGACAGUUAUGAAUGGUUCAUUAAGAAAAAGAGAUUGGAAUCAGCUGAUAGAUAUGUGGACUGUCCCUGGAUCAAGUUAGUUUUCUUCUUUUAAGUUCUCAAAGUUCCGAACUUAGCUCAAGGUUGUCAUCUGAACUAGCCACAUGUUUAACUGAGAAUCAAUCUCAGUCAGCCCAUCCUUUGAAAAAUAAGACUUUAGAGCCAUCUUGCCCCCAAAUGGCAACCGGACAUUCCAUUUUGGUGACUGUAACCUUGGUUUACAGAGCCAUUUGGUGUCUAACUUACGUAACUGAGUUUCUAACACUGGCUAAGAGACAAAAGAUUCUGUCCCAGAGUCACCCAAUGUGCUUUGUGGCUGAGUAGGGAUUUGAACCCUGGUCUCCCAGAUUUUAGCUGAGCUCUCUAACCAUUACACCACACUGGCUCUCAGUGCUGCCUUAAACAACACAUAGGUUUCUAAAAGAGAAGGUGGCUCUUUAUGUAUCCAAAUGGACCCAAACCAUGUAUAGCAGGAAUGGGGUGGGGAACUACUACUCCCACCAUCCCUGACCAUUGGCCAUGAUGGCUGGGGCUGAUGGGAGCUGGAGUCCAACAACAUCCAGGAGGCUACAGGUUCUAUGCUUUAUGGCCUAAGCCUGCAGACCUUGCAGCCUGUUUUCAUAUGAGCCUUAUGUUCUAUGGAAGGCGCUGCCUGAAGAACGUUGCUGCAGAGCCUUCUUGGUGGUGGCUCCGUAUCUAUGGAACUUGGUACCAGUAGAAGCCUCGCUGUCCCCCUCAAUUCCCUCAUUGAGCAAACUGGUAAAAACAGAACCCUUUUUGGACUCGGGACUCGGCAUGUGCCCGUGUUGCUUUCCCUGUUGUCAUUACGUAAUUAUUUCACAUAAUUAACAUAAGCGGUAUACGCUGCUUAAUCAUAAAAGCCUCCAUGAAGUUUUGUUGCAUUUCUUUUAAUUGUGGGUUGUUGGUUUAAAUACCGUAUUUUUCGCUCUAUAAGACGCACCAGACCACAAGACGCACCUAGUUUUUGGAGGAGGAAAACAAGAAAAAAAAUAUUCUGAAUCUCAGAAACCAGAACACCAAGAGGGAUCGCUGCGCAGUGAAAGCAGCGAUCCCUCUUGCUGUUCUGGCUUCUGGGAUAGCUGCGCAGCCUGCAUUCGCUUCAUAAGACGCACACACAUUUCCCCUUACUGUUUAGGAGGGCAAAGGUGAGUCUUAUAGAGCAAUAAAUACUGUAUUUACUUUUAGACUUUUCAGGGCUGUUUUUGAUUGGUUGCCGGCAGAUUUCAGAGGUGUUAUUGAAGUGGCUAUGGCAGGAUUUUUUUAAAAAAUCCAUGUCACAAAGCAAAGUCAGCCGUGUCGGGUUAAAAGGAACCAUAAAUGCACAACUGCUCCCACCCCCCACUUAAAGAUAGAAGUCUUUCUGCCAAGCCUUUCUUGGGUGCCUCCUAUGGGAGUGUUACCCUAGAGGACCCCCAUAGUAUUGGAUCGGGCUGUUGCGACCUCGCCAGGCAAUCGAGAUGCUCUGUACGUGGUUCACAUGUUCCUAGGGAAGAGCAGGGAGAUGUCGGUGUUUGUGGUUUAUUUUUUAAUUCCUGAGCCCUGGGAGAUCCGAUUAGGAACAUUGCCCCGUUAAUUUGGAGGUGGGGGCAUAAAGCCACAUGACAAAGUAUCUUGCUAACUGUUUUAUUUCCCUGUGUGUCUCGUGUGUGAACCUAGCCUUUGAGGAGUAGCUAUAAAAAUAUCUGAGAAGCAGUGGCUUUGUGUGACUUGGGAGAUGCUUAGAGUCGAUAAAGUGGUCCAGUGAGGCUGGUGAACUCCAUAGAGGGCCUGCCUGGCUGCACACAUAGUUUCUAAACUUGGAGGAGUUGGGGCGCAAGGGAUGGAUCCACAACCCGGAGAGAGUUCACAGCUCCCAUGUGUCUCUUUGUGGCUUCAGACUUUUGCUGAUCAUCUUCUUCUUUUAACAAGUUGUGUUUUGAAAUAUCUUUCUUCUCCUCCACCUCCUUCUUCCAAUUACUUUCUCAAUCCCCCUCUAAACCACAGUCCCGAGAUGAUUUACCCGUGAGAUAAUUAAAGCCACAAAAGCCACAAAUGCAUUUAGCUGCGAUUCCUUCGUUGCAGCAGGUUGGGCUAGAUGACCCUUGGGUCCCCAUCCAAAGCUAAAUUUCUAUGAGGCUGUGAUUUAAAAGCAAAACUGACAAGUGGUACAGACCCAUUUAUCCAGCUGGGAAAGCCUAUCGGAACAAAAAUGCUGUUGUUUCCGGAAGGUGUAUAUAUCUGGGCGCCUGUUGUAUUUUGACAGGGAGGCUGUUUCACAGAGCAGGGGUAAAAGGUAAAGGUAAAGGGACCCCUGACCAUUAGGUCCAGUCAUGGCCGACUCUGGUGUUGCGGCGCUCAUCUCACUUUACCGGCCGAGGGAGCCGGCAUACAGCUUCCGGGUCAUGUGGCCAGCAUGACUAAGCCGCUUCUGGCGAACCAGAGCAGCACACGGAAACGCCAUUUACCUGCCCACUGGAGUGGUACCUAUUUAUCUACUUGCACUUUGACGUGCUUUCGAACUGCUAGGUUGGCAGGAACAGGGACUGAGCAACGGGAGCUCACCCCGUCGCGGGGAUUCGAACCGCUGACCUUCUGAUCGGCAAGCCCUAGGCUCUGUGGUUUAACCCACAGCACCACCCACGUCCCUGCAGAGCAGGGCUAGACACUCUAAAAUCCCUUCUUGGAUAAAGUUUUUGUCCUCUUGGUUUCUGCGCUUUCCAGCCAGCUUUGCCAUCUCAGCAUAUUCCAUCUGCUUGGUUUGCCAUUCUUCUCUGGUCGGGACUUCGUCUUCUUUCCAACUCUGAGCUAAUAACACCUGGGUGGCUGUUGUUAUAAAAAAAUAGGGAAAGUUUUAAAGUUAUUUAGGAGACCACUGUAAACAGAUAUAAACAAGAGCAGGAUUUUGACCCGCUUGUAGUGCAAAGAAUAUUAAGGACAAUAUGGCUUGAUAUAAAAAUUGGUGUACAGAUGAAUAUGCAGUUGUAGAUGUUUAAAAUAAGACUCCAUGGAAGGGUAGGAGGGAAGUCUCAGGAUUCGGAGAAUCUCCUCACAUAGAUAUGUUCUUGUUAGUUUGUGUUUAUUAGUACUUUGUAUUUGUAAAACCAAUGAAAAUUAUUUUUAAAAAUGAAAUAAAAUCCCUUCUUGGAGUCACUUCAGAGCAAUGGGCCUCUGAGAUCUUUGGAGCUGGCAGGAGAGAUUUUCCCACAGACUGCAGCAAUCUACCGGGUGUAUAAGGAGAAAGUUUUUUCCUUGCAUUCAAGCUAGCACCUGAUUAAACAAAUUUUAGUUUAAUCUGAUUCUUUCUUUCUUUCCUUAUUACUAUUAUUAUUAUUAAUAAUAAUACAGUGGUACCUUGGUUCUCAAACUUAAUCCGUUCCAGAAGUCUGUUCCAAAACCAAAGCGUUCCAAAACCAAGGUGCACUUUCCCAUAGAAAGUAAUGCAAAACGGAUUAAUCCGUUCCAGACUUUUAAAAUCAACCCCUAAAACAGCAAUUUAACAUGAAUUUUACAUGAUCCAUAAAAUGAAAGCAAUAAUCAAUGUACUGUACUAUAAAAUAAAUAAGACAGUAUUGUAGAUGAUAAAAAUUAAAAUUCUUUUUUUUUCUUACCUGCACUGAUGAUAGUCAUUGUUUGGAUGGGGGGCUUUUAUCCAUUUCCACAGUCACACUAUCAAUCAGUAGCUGAACUGGUUUCUACACAGUCACAAAAACAAAUUAACCGAAAAAGCCUCAAAAACGAAAACGCAAAAUAUAUAGCAAAAGCACCAAACUUAAUCUGUUCCGGAAGUCCAUUUGACUUCCAAAAUGUUCAAAAACCAAGGCGCAGCUUCUAAUUGGUGCAGGUGCCCCAGAAACAAUAGCUGACAGCCACAUCAUACGUUCAGCUUCCGAAAAACAUUCAAAAAUUGGAACAUCUACUUUUGGGUUUUUGGUGUUUGGGAACCAAGGCAUUUGAGAACCAAGGCGUUUGAGAACCAAGGUACCACUGUAUUAUUACUUGGAUGUAUGUGUGUGUGUUUAUACCAGAAGCCGGAGUCAAACCAUCUCCUCCGAGACGAGUGUGGAUGAAGGCGGCAUUUUCGAAGGUCUCAAGACGGAAGCUCCCUCCCCGCAGCAGCUUUUCUCCGGACUGGGGGGCAUCCCUUCGGGCACCAUCGCAGCCACCCCUUUCCAAUCCAGCUUGGUCCUGGGGUCCUCGGCGGGAGGCGGGGAGGUGUUCAUCCAGAUGCCUUCCUCGCGGGAGGAGGGGCCCAGCCGGCCAGAGGGAGGUCCCUUCCACCACCGGCAGCAGCCCCACCACUACCACCACAGCCACCAGCGCGGUUCCUCCCUGCUGCACAUGGCCGGCGGCGACCGCCACGGACACAGCGAGGAGGGGCCUGAGGAUCAGCCCGGGACACCAGCCCCUGCUCUUUCGGAGCUGAAAGCAGUCGUCUCCUGGUUGCAGAAGGGACUCCCCUUCAUCAUGAUCCUCUUGGCGAAAGUCUGUUUCCAGCAUAAGCUUGGUAAGGCCUCUCAUUCAACACUUGAAGCAAAUGUAAGAACUUGGUGAAUCCACUACAGUGGUACCUCGGGUUACAUACGCUUCAGGUUACACACUCUGCUAAUCCAGAAAUAGUGCUUCAGGUUAAGAACUUUGCUUCAGGAUAAGAACAGAAAUCAGGCUCCGGCAGCAGCGGGAGGCCCCAUUAGCUAAAGUGGUGCUUCAGGUUAAGAACAGUCCUCCGGAACGAAUUAAGUACUUAACCCGAGGUACCACUGUAGUGUAGCAGCAAAUCCAGGAGUUCGGGGCCCUUCAUGGUAGUCACAACCACACACACACACACCUCUGUGAUUAUACAACCUUCCAAGAUCAUACAAUAAUCUUACAAUACAGUCGUACCUCGGAAGUCAAUGCCUUGCAACUCAAAUGUUUUGGCUCCCGAAUGUCGCAAACCCAGAAGUGAGUAUUCAGGUUUGUGAACUUUCUUUGGAACCCAAACUUCCGACGCAGGUUCUAUGGCUUCUGAUUGGCUGCAGGAAGCUCCUGCAGCCAAUUGGAAUCUGCACCUUGGUUUCCAAACGUUUUGGAAGUUGAAUGGACUUCCGGAGCAGAUUCCAAGGUACGACUGUAUAAAAAUAGGAUACACUUUAAUCAAUGGACCAACCGUAGGAAGACACUCGCUGCUUUUGUCUGGAUAAAUAUGACAACAUUUGAAAUGAGUUUAUACAGAAUGAAGGAGGCUAUUGACAUCUACAUAUGUAUUAGGAUAAUAACACUACAGUCGUACCUUGGAAGUAGAACGGAAUCCAUUCCGGAAGUCUAUUCGACUUCCAAAACAUUUGAAAACAAAGUGCGGCUUCCGAUUGGCUGCAGAAAGUUCCUGCAGCCAAUCGGAAGCCGCGGAAGCCUGGUCGACCAUUUGACUUCUAAAUGAACGUUCGAAAACCGGAACAGUUACUUCCAGGUUUCGAUUGUUUGGGAGCCAAAACAUUCGAGAACUAGGCUGUUCGACUUCCAAGGUACGACUGUAUAUCAAUUUAUAUAAGAAUGUAUGGGGGUAUAUUACAUUGCAUUUUUGUACACAUACCCCCCCCACUUUCUUAUACAUAUCUUUGUUCUUUUUUCCUCCUCAUGUCCCCCCACUUUUUGCUCUGAAUUACUUUAUUUCAUUAUAAUUGAUUUCCCCAAUAAAAAUAUUCAUAAUCAAAAUACAAUAAUCUUAGAAUCAUGCAAUAAUCUCAAGGGUUCACCUUUCAGCGAGGUCUGAUAUUUCCUGUGUAUGCACACGGGCAAGUAGUUUGGAGUGCUCCGAUGUCUUCUUUCGGAGUGACUUCAGUUGUGUUUUCCUUGAAGGUCCAUUAUAUAUGUAACAGAACUUGCUCACCAUCCCCUUGAAACAGCACAGAGGGUGAAAAGACUUAAUUUCAGUGGAUUAAAAGCUACUUUCAUUCUGAUUGGACAGCUGUAGGCCCCUGGAGACAAGGACCCUACUGGAGAGAUAGUAAUGGUGUCUUUGACCCCCUGCAAUCCCGGACCACUGUGUCACUGAAUGCAUCAGAAGAAAUAUUCCAUCCAGGGGCAAAACUAGGCUUUAUUUCACCCAGGUCAAAGACCCAGUUGGGCACACACCCCAACCUCCCAUGUAUUUUCACACACACACAGAGAGAGAGAGAGAGAGAGAGAGAGAGAGAGAGAGAGAGGGGGGCUGGGAGCCUCAAUGGCGUCUCUCUGGAGGCUUCACCUGGGGCAACCCCCCCCCCCGGCUAGCUCCCCCCCCCCCCGCUGUAGCUACGGUUCUGAUUCCCAUCCACACUCCUGCUCUCAGAAUGGUGACCGAGGAUUUGGAUGGGGUUGGUUGCUUCCCUCGUGUAGGAGCGCAGGAUGACAUGGCUGCUGUUUGUUGUGCUAGAUCAGAGGUCAGCAAGGUUUAUCUUUCCUGAGCCAGAUUGGUCCCGCGGAGAGCCCUGUGUGGGCUGGAUUGCGCAUGCGACAGCGUUUUUCUGCGUCUGCGCAGACGCGGUUUCAGGUGCCGUGGAAGCGAGUUGCCGCACCAGUUCAGCACAGUGGGAAGGUGGCUUGGUUUGGGGCAGCUCAUGGGUCGGUCAAACGGCCUCUGCAGGCCGCUUCCAGCCCAUGGGCCUUAGGCUGGUGACCCCUGUGGUAGAUGUACAGGUAGUGUUUCUCUUUCUCUCUGUAGGAAUUGCUCUGUGCAUCGGCAUGGCAAGCACGUUCGCAUAUGCAAACUCGACUCUCCGAGAACAGGUGUCCCUGAAGGUGAGUUGCGGAACAGGGAUGCCCAAAGGGUGCCUCUGGACAGUGGUUGGCAGUUGGCAGUGGGGUGGAAGGGUCUGAAGGGAGAUCUCUGGACUCCUGGCAUAAUGAAACCCAGGGGCUAAGAGGAGUUCCUUUCCUAAGAUAGGUUUCAAACCAAUAGGAACAUCCUCCAUGGAAAGGCAAUGUCAAGAUCAGCUGAACUUUGCUGCUUAUUUUUCUGUGAUUACAUAACAAAAAAAGUGUGGGGUUUUGUUUUGUUUUACAUUAUGAACUUCCUUAGAACUGGAGAGGACCCAUUCCUUCCCCAGGGACUAAAUUCACCACAGGCAAUGAAAGCAGAGACAGGGACAAGUAGGUUCAGCAGUCUUGGAGUUCUUUUUUUCAUACAGCAAGUUGCUAGUCUUAAUGGUGGCAGAGAAUUAUCUUUGGAGUCUCUGGGAUUACACAUUGGGCUUUUUGUUGUUGUUGUUUUCCUCAGGAAAAGCGGUCUGUGCUGGUGGUGUUCUGGAUCCUGGCCUUCCUCACAGGGAACACCCUGUACUUGCUGUAUACUUUCAGCUCCCAGCAGUUAUACAACAGGUAAGCAAAACGGCUUGGAUCCUUGAGAAAAACAGGUAGCCAGCCACUCAUCAGAAGAGCAAGGAGGGAUUGAAUGAAAGGGGGAGAAACACUUUUUUUUUUUGCUUGUGUGUGACUGGAAGGGACUUGGAGAAAGCUCACAGCCAGAUAAACAAGGGUGUGAGAACCUGCAUCUCUCCAGGAGCUGCUGGACUACAACUCCCAUUAUCUGUGACCAUUGGCCUUGGUGGGAGUUGGAGUUCUCCAGCGUCUGAAACAUUGGAAGUUGCCUUGCACCGAGUCAGACCACUGAUUCAUCUAGCCAGUGUUUCCUUCCUUUCUUCCUUUCUUCCUUCCUUCAUUCCUUCCUUCCUUUUUUAGUAAAAAAUAAAAGGUGUCCCCGUGCUCACAUAUUGAUGAAAAUGUGGGUGCCAGCACAAAAUGGCUGCCAUGAGCGACAAAACAAGAGGUGUGUGAUUACUGCCGCAAAAAAGGCCUGCAUCUCAGCUCAGCAUUGUCUACAGUGACUAUAGUUGUUCAGGGUGCUGAGAGUUUUUCUCCCUUCUCUAUUUUCCCUUCAUAGAACUACAAUUUCCGGGGUGCUUUAACAACCGAUCCUUCUUCCCAAGGAAGUUUGUUUAGGGUGCUGAGAGUUGCUAGGAGACGCCUCACCCCCACCGCCAUAUUCCUCACAGAGCUACAAUUCCCAGAAUUCUCUGGGAAAGGGGACUGACUAUUAAACCACUCCUGGAAUUGUAGCUCUCUGAAGAGAUUUGGAGGGAGUGUCUUCCUAACAGCUCAGCACCCCGAACAAACUACAGUUCCCAUGAUUCUUUGGAGGGAAGCGAUGGCUGUUUAAAGCGGUGUGAGGCUGCUGGUGUAGAUGGGUUACAAUGUGCAAAUCAUAGCACUGGGCUGUGUGAUCUAAAAUAAGGCCAUCUCUUAAAUCUGGAUAUUCUGGGCCCUGGAUGAGAAUCCACAGGUAUGUUUUGCAAAGCUGAGUGAUGUUUGGUAUCAAAUGGAAAUCGGGGGGGGGGUGCCUUUUGGGUAGGAAGGGUGGUUUAUCUUCACCUGAUAAACUUAGAAAGCACAGACAUCAGCCUGGAUCUUUGGUUGACUUUCUCUUUGCUCAGAUUUGCUAUUUUGUUUUUGUUUUUCUUUCCGUUUCCCCGAUCUAAUUUAUUUGUGGAUUCAGUUGUGUGUGUGUCUGCCUGUUUGCUUUUUAAAAAUCAAUUUCUUUCAUUCCCAUCUCUGUGUUGCUGGGUUUUCAUUUUGGGAGGUCUCUCAUUUUCGAUUGUUUUUUGUUUUUAGGGUUUAAUUUCCAUUGUGAUGUGCCCAUAUUGUGAGUAUUUUGAUUUCUGUUUAUCCCCAUCCAUUCGUUUAUUUACUUCGCAAACAAGCCCGUUGAUGUUCCCACCCAGCAUGAAAUCAUAUCCCGCAGUCGCUGCCUAAUUAAGAAGCAAAGCCAGAGCUUAACCAUCCUGGGAAUGUGAUAGGAAUGAGGCUUCAGAGUGUUCUGUUGCUUUCAGAAGUGUGGGUGCAACUCUGCUUGCAGAAAGGGGUUUGCCUGGGAUUAAAGCAGCUAGAGCAAAGGACCUCCAGAUUGUGUGUUGGCAAGGGAGAAAAAAAAAGUAUCAAAUGAGAAUUCCCUGGAUGCCAAGGUCCAGUUUUGGAGCAAGUACCCUUUUAGUGUGAGAAGCCCAGCAGAGAUUUAAAACCACAAAAUACGCAGCAAAGUAAAGCGUGGGAAUAUAGGCUGUUGGACUUUUAAAAUUUUCUAUCCAAAUUAUGUACUUCCUGCAAGAAAAUUUUUGCUGUUUUCUUACUCUACAAAUCUCUCUUUCUGUGUGAUUACAACGGGGAGAAUUCCCCUCUCUAGCUAGAUUCACAGACCACACUCUGCAGAACAAUAGACUCUCAAAGUAACACCAAUGUCUCAUAACGUAUGUAGCUGAUAUAUAGAAAAGGCGUUACAACACGAGAAAAGAGACAAUGCUCGUACUUUUGUAAACAAAGAAAAACUUAAUAAAAAAACCACCUGUUGCUAGAUUUCAGUCGCUGUCUUUUCCAUUGAGAAUAAUGUUCCUUGAUUCAUUAUUUUUUUAAAAAAGACAAAUUCACAACAGUAUUACAACAAAAGUAUUGCAUGCUUAAAAAUACAAAUAGCCGUUGCUAUAGUUGUAAGUGAUAAAGACAUUAUCAACAACUUUCUCUAGAAAAAUAUGAAUUUUUCCAUCCAUGUCCACCCCUUUUAUUCUUUUCCUUUGAAUCAAAAAACUUACUGAUCAACUCCUGCCAUACCAAUCAGACACAUGUAUACUCAGAAGUAAGUCCCAUCAAGUUCAACAGGGCUUGAGUCUAGAUAGAUUGAUCUAGGAUUGCAAGCAUAAGGUCUUUUUGCAUUUAUUUCCUCUUCUAUAGUGUGCCGUCUAUAUUGAUUUCAGGCUGCUAUUUCAUUUUUCCUCUGCCUUUUGGAAAAUCUCUCUUCUCAAGAAUUGUGCGAUAAAUAUGUUAGUUCCUGCUUUGCUUUCUAUUGCCUUUUACAGUGACUUUGCUUGAACGUCAUGAUAAAGCUAUGUUUUAGCACAGGGGUCAGCAAACUUUUUCAGUAGGGGGCCGGUCCACUGUCCCUCAGGCCUUGUGGGGGGCCGGACUAUAUUUUGAAGAAAAAAAAUAUGAACGAAUUCCUACACCCACAAAUAACCCAGAGAUGCAUUUUAAAUAAAAGUACACAUUCUACUCAUGUAAAAACACGCUGAUUCCUGGACUGUCCGCAGGCCAGAUUUAGAAGGUGAUCGGGCCGAAUCCGGCCCCCAGGCCUUAGUUUGCCUCCCUAUGUUUUAGCAUGAUGGGAACAAACUAGAUUCCUCCCGGAACCCUGCUGCCCAGCAGUCUCAUCCUUUCCCCCUUCUGUUUCCACAACAUCUGGAAAGAAUUUAGAAGCUUUGAUGUUCUUGGGUUAUCUGAACUCAGCAAACUGUAGUUAAUCUUAACUCUGCUUUUCCUGAAACGAGCCAAUUUCAAACCAGGGUUUAGGAAGCUGUAUCUUUGUAAACCGCUUAGUGGACUGUUUAAGUGAAUUGGUGUGUAAAGUGUUCAAAAAAAUAAAUAAAAGACUCGCCUCUUCCUGUCCUGCCCGUUUCAGCCUCAUCUUCCUGAGACCCAACUUGGAGAAGCUGGAUUUCUUCGAUCUGAUGUGGAUUGUGGGGAUCACAGACUUUGUACUCAAAUACCUCACCAUCGGUUUGAAGUGUCUGGUUGUCGCGUUGCCGAAAAUCAUACUUGCCGUGAAAUCAAAGGUAAAGAGACAGAGAGUCAGAGAGAGAGUUCUGUUCUCACUCUGGUUGGGAUGCAGAUCUUAUUUUUAAGAUGAUUUUAUUUUGUUUUUUGCCUCUGCAUGGGGUGUCAUGGAUCAGGCUAGGGCUCCCAUCCUUUUCUUUCCAAAGAGUUUACUUAUCCAAAGAGUUCAUUUAUAUUCUGCUAUUUAAAAACCAAAUAAAAAACCAGAGCAGUUUGCAACAAUUGUACAUGAAACCAUACAAUAGAAACCAUACAAAAAAGUUAAAUUCAGAAGCCAUCUAACUAUUAUGCAAAGGUGUGUUGUUAAUUGCCUCCGUAAAUCAGACAGGAUGGAAAAGCUUUCAGCAUGCAGUUGAAACAGAGGGCACCUGCUGGAUCUCUAGUGGCAGGGUGUUCCACAAGACUAGGACGUCAACAUUAAGGCUCAGUUUCUUGUUGUUGUCAAAUGAGCCUGACCAAUUGGGGAAUGACCAGCAAUGCUGCUGCAGAUGAGCUCCUGGAUGACCAAGUUGAGAUUCCUGCAUUGCAGGGGGUUGGUCUAGAUGACCCUUGGGGUCCCUUUAACUCUACAAUUCUAUGAUCUCUACAUAGGGCUUGGAUGACCCCCUGCCUGAAACCUUGGGGAGCCACUGCCACUCAAUAAGGAGCACAAUGAGCUUAAAAAAAUGUUUAAGUAUAACUUUAUGAAAAAUGCAGAAGCUUUUCUGCUAGGGAUAAUGGACACAGGUAUAGCAAGAGAAGAUCAGAAAAUAUUCUUCUGUGCCACAGGAACGGCAAGGAUCCUAAUUGCUAAAAACUGGAAAAAAGAAACUGUGAACAAAAAAGGAAUGGCAAGACAAACUGUUAGAGUAUAUUGAACUGGCUAGAUUAACAGAGGCAAUUAGAGAUCACACUAGACAAGAGUUUCAAAAAGCAUGGGGGAAAUGCAGAGAACACUUCACAAAACAGUGCCCUAAAAUACAUACCUGGACUUGUUUCGAUUAAUGUCUGCAGGAGACUUUGUGGAUAUUAGAGUUAUAAUUAGAAAAUAAUUAUUCAUAAAGGAAACAGCUUAUAAGAAGUAAAUAAGGAGACCAGAUACAGGAUAAAGGAAGUUUUUUAUUUGGUUGUUUGUAUUGUUGUAUGUUAGGCUCAUUGUAUGUUAUGUUCAUGUUUAAUGAGGAUGGUUUUCUGUAUUGGGGGGGUGGGGGGUUAUGUUAUGUUGUAAAUAAAAUUUCCAACACAAUGAGCUAGGCAGACCAAUGGUCUGGCCCGGUAGCUACCUACUUAAUUCAGCCUUUUGUUUCGAGCCAUGAGAACAGAACUAUCUUUCUGCAGGGAGGAAGGGUCCAAACUUAGUGGUAUAACAGCUGCUUUUCAUGCAGCAGGUCCCAGGUUCCACCCCCAAUGGAAUCUCAAGAGAGGGCUGGUGAACGUCUCCUCUGGAUGGUCGCUGCCAGUCUGUGUAGACACCACUGGUCUAGAUGGACCAAGGGGUCUGGCUCAAUGUAAGGCAGCUUCGAGGUCAGAGGCACCAACGCUUCUGAAUACCAGUUGCUGGAAACCACAGGAAAUGGAGAGAUGCUUUUGUCCUCGGAUCCUGCUUGCUGGUUUCCCAUUGGGGCGCCUGGUUGGCCGCUGUGAGAACAGGGAGCUGGGCUAGAUGGGCCACCGGUCUGAUCCAGGAGGACUCUUCUUAUAUUCUUAAUGGAAAUGAGAAACAGGGGUGAUGGUUUGGCCGUUCUCCUCCUUUGCUCCCCGUUUCACCUUUAUUCCCCCCCAUUUGUACAGAAGCACUUUUGUGCGGGAGACAGAUGGGGACCUCUGUGUUAAGCGCACACAAUUAUCAUCCUUCAGCCGGUGCUGAGAUUUCAAGCCAGGGGAUCAAAGUAAUUCUAAAUGGGUUUUGCGUGAGUAGGUGUGGUUGGAAAGGUUUGUCCCUAGAUGCCGGGGUACUUAAGAAAAAAUAUUAAUUUACCCCUGGCGGUCGUCCAAGAAUCUCGCCACCCUCCCCCUACCGCAAGCCUCUGAUGAUAAUGAUUAUGAUUAUUAUUUUAUUUGGGGAGAUUAAUGGGCUGGGUCAUGGCAUAAUCCAGCUUGGGGAGCGGGUGAUGGUGGUGAAAACCCAUCCAACAUGCAAACGAUGCAAAUCGUCAGCCCAAGACAAAUUGCAGAGCUGGAAGAGGUUCACAGCCUUUGCUUGCUUGUCUAAGAGCCGUCCCAAGUCCUCAUUAAUCCUUGUCCCAGAGAAGAAAGAGACUGUGCCUGUAUUUUUCAACCGCACCAGGAGGCUGGUAAGAUUGCAUCUGUCAGGGGCCCCCUAAUGGCUCGCAGCACAGAUGCCUCAUUCUGAAAAUACUUUUUCUCUUUGUCGAGACGCUGAUCAUCAUCUCGAGUUGCCGUCUUUCUUCCUGCCGACCUUGAAAACAAGACCCUCUAGAGCGCUAGACUGAGGACGGUGUCUUAAAACCAGCCCUGCGCUUGUGUGUUCUCAGUGGAAUUCGACAUUCUAAAACCCUUAGCUUUGUAUGAGUUCUUAAAAUCCCUUAAAAAAGAAAAAAGAGGCAAGCUUCUAGAUCUCAUGGUCAUUGAGAGAAGACAGAAAACCUAUGUGUUGUCUCGAGCCAUCUGCUGUUUUGUACAUAAGGGCAUGAGGUGAGCCUGCUGGAUCAGGCCAACGGCCCAUCUAGUCUAGCAUCCUGUUCUUACAGCGGCCAGUCAGAUGCAAUCAGGAUUUGAACACAAGACCACACUCUCCCCUCUUGUGUUUUCCAGCACCUGGUAUUCAGAAGCGUUGCUGCCUUCAACAAUGGAGGCAGAACAUAGCCAUUGUAGCUAGUAGCCAGGGGCACAUCUACUAUUAAACUAAUGACGCUUAAUCUUGAGGGCCCUUCAUCCUCAGAGGCCCCAGAAGCAACUCUAGACCACGUUGCUUGAAAUUUUGCUUGAAAAAGUGCGUAAUGCAUGUAUAUAACAUUUCCAAUUUCCCCUAAUUUUCACACACACCCUGCCCCCCCAUAACUAAAAAACUAUAAGGCAGGGGUAGGCAACCUAAGGCCCAGGGGCUGGAUCCAGCCCAAUCACCUUCUCAAUCCGGCCUGCGGAUGGUCUGGGAAUCAGCAUGUUUUUACAUGAGUAGAAUGUGUCCUUUUAUUUAAAACACAUCUUUUGGUUAUUUGUGAGGCACAGGAAUUCGUUCAUUUUUUUUUCCAAAAUAUAGUCUGGCCCCCCACAUGGUCUGAGGGAUGGUGGACCAGCCCAUGGUUGAAAAAGGCAUAGGAAUUUUUUAUUUAUGCCAGUGACUUUGACAUGUGAGAUAAUCCAGUACAGCAUCUUUAGUAAAAAUCUGAUUGUAUGUAUGUAUGUAUGUGGUGAUCUGUUGUGGAACUACCCCAUUAAAGAAGAUGAGGCCUCCUUGCUGGUUGUGAAGCCUUAACUGUUCAGGCUUCAGGGUCCCAAAAAUGUAGGUUUGCCACUGCUGGUAGCCAUGACCUCAUGCACCUCCAAAAUUUGCCUAAUCUUUUUUUAAAAAAACACCUCCAAAUUGGUGGCCAUCACUGCCGAGUUCUUUAGUUUAACUCUGUACUGCUGCACAAAGAAGUGCUUCCAUUUUACCUGUCCCAGAUCUCCCAAAAUUCAGCUUCGUUGGACAACCAGGAGUUCUAGCGUUAGGAGAGAGGGAGGAAAACUUUUUCUCUAUCUGUUUCCCCCCCCUUCACAUUCAGAGACUGGCAUGCACCAGGAGGAAGAGGAGGCGUCUGGCAUUUCCCAAAUUUCCAUCACGAGUAUUUCUGUUGCUUGCCUUAAAAAAUAAUAAUCACCCAUACCCCUCAAGCUGUCGCUCCUUAGCAGUGUAAAUGAGAACCUGCCAUUUGCUGCCCGGACAACAAUAGGCGCCUCGAGGAGCCACAUGGCUCUGGCCGUUUUAAUUUACUUUAAUUCGUUUUCUAUUGAACCCAAAUGGUAUCUGCUUGUUGUGUUGUUUUUAAUGGAGGGCGUUCGGGAGAGGUGUAGCCAAGGCUCUCUUGAGAGAAGAGAGGGCCGCAGCUGUUUCAAAGCGCUCCAGCGCUGUGUCUCUGGUAUCCGUUGGGCUUUUCAGGUUAGGGAUAACGGCGGUUUCUGAAAGGUGCGCCAGGGAGGGAGGGAGGGAACGGUUGUUCUCACACAAAGUUCCUUUGCAUGCCACCACUCAGUGGAGACUGGGACCUUCAGUACCUUAAGGAUCGCCUUUCCCCAUACGCACCAACCCGGACCCUGUGCUUGUCAUCAGAGGCCCUUCUCUCUUUCCCCAUCCCAGAGAGCUUCGGAGUAUGGCAACAAGGGAACAGGCCUUUUUUGUGGUGGCUCCCUGAUUAUGGAAUGCUCUCCCUAGAGAGGCUCACCUGGCACCAUCAUUACAUGACUUUAGGCACCAGGCAAAAACAAUUCCUCUUUACCGCCGCCUAUCGCUAUUAAAUAAUCUAUGGUUUGUCAUAGUGUGGGGAAGAGGACUGUUAUUAUGAUAUUUUAUUAUUAGGCUGUCAGUAUGCUUUUUGUUAUGUUUUUAUCAUUGAUGUUCUGUAAUGUACAGCUGCCAUAUGUCUGAGAUUUCCUGGGCAUAUCUGGGAUUCAUCCGUCGGAAAUAGCAUCCGGGCGGAAUAUAAGAAAAUCGGCAAAAAAUGUUUAGGGAAACCUGUGCAUGUGACAACCCAUGUCGGAAGUGUUGGGGUUUUUUGGUGAUUUUCCUUAAAAAUAGCUGAAAAGCUUCAUUUUGGGGGGAGAUUUUGCUCCCACCCUUAAAAAAAGAAAAGAAAAAGCUCAACAACUUUGCCCCCACCCCAGAAAACCCCCUUAGUGUCUGGAUUUUCACUUUUUGAAAUAUGGCAACCCUGUCUAAUGUGUUUCUUAAUGUUGUAUACCACCCUGGGAUCUUCUGAUAAAGAGUAGUAUAUAAAUUGAAAUGAUGAUGAUGAUGAUGAUGAUACAUCCAUUGUGCUUCACUGGUUGUGCUUUCUAAGACUCUCUCCACUGGGAGCGAACUGCAGUUCCUUUGGGGCACCCCCAUCCCAGUGGUAGGCGGAGCCAGAGGCCAGAGUGGGCGGAGCACCGCUUGUGAGUUUUGACCUUUGGGCAGCAGUUCCACACACGCUUGCGCACCCCUCUCGAUCCAUCAGGAUAAGCAGAGGGCCUGGGAAGAGCUCAAAGACUCAGGGAGAGUGUGAAGCAGGGCUGAUGAGAAGGAGUGUGGCCUAGGGAAAGCCCUGAGGGCCAGGUAGAGUGUCCUGAGGGGCCACAUUCAUACCCCAAGUUUGGAGUCCCACACCUCUAGACCUAAUUAUGUUAGUGGGGCCCUGUCUUCAGACAGUAGCUUGCGAAGGAAAGGCAGUCACCUUAGAUUUUGAGACUCUACUGCUCAUUCUGCUGAGCGCCCACCCCCAACAGCUGCCUCCAGAGUCCUGCCUUGAUGCUGCCACUCUGGUUUGGAAAAAUGCCUGGCCUGUAUGCUUUGUUUGCAAACACUGGUAGAAAAUGUGAAUUGAUCAGCGGGAUUGUGCGUACUUCUCAACCGAUACAGGUCCAUCAUCUCCCAAUCCCGGGGUGUGUGUGUGUGUGAUCCUAUAAAUACGUUCCAGUAAUAAAGGAUGGAAUAUUUUCUCACCUGAAAAACCUGUUCGGGCAGAAGAUUUAAUGGAGAGGGGGCGAGCCUGUCGUUGAUUGAUCUACUCACACACAUGCCUGUGGAUCUCUGUCUUAUACACAUAUUCACAAAAAUGCCUAUUCUGUAGAGUUAGCAAGCCUGCUCUUAGGAUUUUCACGUGCUGCAGAUGGCAUUGCUGUGGACUUGAAUUUCCUUCGGAUCAGACAGAACAUUGGCGAAGGGUUGUAACUCAGUGGCAAAGCAUCUGCCUGGCAUGCGGAAGGUCUUGGGUUCUAUUCCCGGCAAUUCCUGGUAGGGCUGGGAGUGUUGUGUUCUGAAACUCUAGAGAGCUGCUGCCAGUCAGUGUAGACAAUACUGCGCUAGAUGGACUGAAGACUUGUAAGGCAGUUUCCUGUGUUUCUAUAUCAGUUUUUCGAACAGAUGGCCUAUAUCAGUCUAUGGCUACCUCAGAAUUAGGACCCAAGCUUUCCAAAUCCAGUUUGUACACCUAUGUCCUCUGGGCAGCAUUUAACUGCCUGGGGUGGGGGUGGGGAGGCAGGGCUGCCCCAAGAUAUUUGGACACCUGAGGCAAACCACAAAAUGGCUCCCCCACCCGCCAGGAAAGAAGGGGAAUGAGUGAAGAGCUACAUAAGGAACAAGGGGGGGGGGAUAAAGAUCUACAUCGGGAUUGGCUGCCCCUCCAGAUCUUGCUGCCUGAUGCGGUCGCCUUAACUUCCCUUGUGAGUGGGUCACCCUGGACGGGAGUCUGUACCAUUACAGACCCUCCAAGUGUCCCUAUAUUCCAGGGACAGUCCUGGAUUUACAGAAGCCAUCCCGGUUUCUGUGGCGCUGUGGGUUAAACCACAGAGCCUAGGACUUGCCGAUCAGAAGGUCGGUGGUUCGAAUCCCCGCGACGGGUUGAGCUCCCGUCCAGUCGUGACCGACUCUGGGAUUGCGGCGCUCAUCUUGCUUUAUUGGCCGAGGGAGCGGGCAUACAGCUUCCAGGUCAUGUGGCCAGCAUGACUAAGCCGCUUCUGGCAAAACCAGAGCAGUGCACGGAAACGCUGUUUACCUUCCUGCCGGAGCGGUACCUAUUUAUCUACUUGCACUUUGACGUGCUUUCGAACUGCUAGGUUGGCAGGAGCAGGAACCAAGCAAUGGGAGCUCACCCCGUCACAGGGAUUCGAACCACCGACCUUCUGAUCGGCAAGUCCUAGGCUCUGCGGUUUAACCCGCAGCGCCACCCGCGUCCCUCUACAUCCCUAUUUUCAUCGGAGAAAUGUUGGAGGGUAUGCCAUUACCUGGUGAGCUGGCUGGACUAGGCCUAAAGGCAAAAGUAACCCCAAAAGACCUGCGAGUCCUUCCUCACUUUGCACCUACAACAGAGGGGAAGGGAGCCGAGAGGACUCCUGCCUUGCCAAACGCCGCUGACAGCCUCCUCAUUAGCAAGCGGCUACCCCCUGCGAGGAGCCGAACGCUUUGCUCCAGAGCCUCCCUUCUAAUCUACUAAAUGGCCUGCGCUUGGGAUCUCAGGCUGUUGCCAUUACAGAUUUGCUCCGCGCGAUGGGCCCCUCGGGAGGCGGAGGCGGGGGGCGGCCGGGUCCUUGAGUAAGCGGCUGGCGUGACCUCACUCACUUUCCCGGGGGAUAUGAGAUCAUCUGAAAUGCCGAAGCUCUCCAAAGCCCUUCGAUUUGCUCAGCGAGAGAGGGAGAGAGCGAGGAGGACAGCUUUGCCGGGUGAUCUCAUCCUGGGGGACCCCCGGGGGGGGAGGGAGGGAGGGGGCUGAGCCUGCUGUUCUCCUCCAGGACCCUAAUGGGCUUAAUCCCCCUGGUUUUCACUGGCAGCAAGGAGCCAGUAUUGGAGAAUGGAUGGAAAUCGGCCGUGUAAACACGAGUUACCUCUUUUCUUUUAAAUGUUUCUCAAGUCUACAAAAGCAGCAGUGCGAAUAACUCCCCCAGUAUAUAAAUUCAAGCACUGGGGGACUUAAGAUAUUUAGUUUGUGUAUUCUGUAUGAGAAUUGCCUCUUAUCCUACAUAAUUUUAGCAGAUUUGACCGUGGUUUUAUUGUCUAUUUAGUGAUUGUCAAUGUUUUCGGAAGAUGCCAUGGCCUUUGGCUACUGCAAUAAUACAAUGAUGACAUAGGGAGCUCACUGGUCAGGCCAUCGGUCUAUCUUUCUUGGUGCUGCCAACUCUGACUGGCAGCAGCUCUGCAGGAUUUCGGACAGGAUCUUUUUCCAGCCCUGUCUUGGGGGGUUGAACCUGGACUUUCCCCAUGCAAAGCGGAUGCUCUAAUGCUCAGAUGUGCCCCCCCAAUAAAUGUUCUAGUCCUCAUGGUUCUGAAUAAUAUCCAUCACCUGUUUUGCCCACAGAAGGUCCCAGGAUCUGCCUGGAAACCCCCGGAAAAAUAGCUAGCAGCCAAUAUGGACAAGGCUGAACUAGAUGGACCAAUGACCUGAUAAGGCACAUUCUGAUGUUCUUAAGAGAAGGGUUGUAGCUCAGGGGUUAGGGCAUCUGCUUUGCACACAGAAGGUCACAGGUUCGAUUCCUGACAUCCCCAAGUAGGUCUGGGAGAGAGAACCGCAGCCAGGCAGUGUCGCUGAGCUGCAGGUGGCCUGACAGUAUAAGGCAGCCUCCUCCUGAGCUUUUGACAGCUGCCCAGUGGGAUAUAACAACAACAACAACAACAACAACAUUUUAUACCCCGUUCAUCUGGCUGGGUUUCCCCAGCCACUCUGGGCGACUUCCAACAAAGUAUUAAAAUACAGUGGUCUGUUAAACAUUAAAAGCUUCCCUAAAGAGAGCUGCCUUCAGAUGUCUUCUAAAAGUUUGGUAGUUGUUCUUCUCUUUGACAUCUGGUGGGAGGGGGUUCCACAGGGUGGGUGCCACCACCGAGAAGGCCCUCUGCCUGGUUCCCUCUAACUUGGCUUUUCACAGUGAGGGAACCGCCAGAAGGCCCUUGGCACUGGACCUCAGUGUCCAGGCAGAACGAUGGGGGUGGAGACGCUCCUUCAAGUAUACUGGACCGAGGCCAUUUAGGGCUUUAAAGGUCAGCACCAACACUUAGAAUUGUGCUCAGAAACGUACAGGGAGCCAAUGUAGAUCUUUCAAGACUGGUGUUAAGUGGUCUCGGCGGCCGCUCCCAGUCACCAGUCUAUCUGCUGCAUUCUGGAUUAGUUGUAGUUUCCGGGUCACCUUCAAAGGUAGCCCCACGUAGAGUGCAUUGCAGUAAUCCAAACAAGAGAUAACUAGAGCAUGCACCACUCUGGCGAGACAGUCCGCAAGCAGGUAGGGUCUCAGCCUGCGUACCAGAUGGAGCUGGUAAACAGCUGCCCUGGACAUUUUAGUUGAUUUGAGCCCUGUCCACAACUUGAGCAGACUGGGCACCUUCUCCUCAAACAUCUGAAGGGCCGUAGAGGUAGGAGAAGGCUGGGACAAAGGCGAGAGGCACAGCACCCCCUGGGACUGGAAGAUAUGACGACUGUAUUUUUGAGCCGCCUUCCUCUUCCCAGGAGGGCAGCCAGCCAGGAGGUAAACACUGAUCUAAAUUGCUUUGCAGGUCCCACAGCGGUUUGCUCUGUUAAAGCCGAGCGCGUCGGGACAGAUGCACGGGAAAAGAUCCUGGUCCUGGGUUUUCAAAAGGGCCCGAGUGCCGUCUGCCAGGCUGCUGAGCUCCUGCGAGUGGGUGAGGGGGCCUGGGAGCAUAGCUGUCAACGUUUUCCCUUUUUUAAGGGAAAUUCCCUUAUUCUGAAUAGGAUUCCUUGCAAGAAAAGGGAAAAAUUGACAGCUAUGCCUGGGAGCCGAGCAAAGCAGUCAUUCACUCUCUUUAUUACAACACUCAGGGACCGAUGCUCAGAAAGAAACUUCAUACGAAUGUAGGAAACAAUCCCAGUCAAAAGAAAAUAGAAAACCAUAGCCAUGGAAUUACUGAUAAAUGUAUGUCGUAUUGUAGAGUGUCUGGCACAGAAAACAAAAUUAGCGGCCCGGGAGGGGAGGGGGACAGAAAAGCAGAAGGCACAUUUUGUUAGCUUUGCCGAAAGACAGGUAUCAUCCAGCGCCCCACCCCACCCCGAAAUGUGCUAGCUGGUCAAUACAGGAACGACAGUUUAAGAAACGGGUGCCUGAGUUUUGAUUGGUGUUUUCUUCUUCCCUCCUUGUUCCUUUUGCCUUGUGUGUCAUUUUUUACUUUUACAUUGUAAGACUGCGGGGGCAGGGACUGUCUGGUUGUAACAGAUCAUACGUAAGCCACCAGGGGAGCCUUUGGGGCUGAAGAGCAGGGGACAAAUCCUUUAAAUCAGGGUUUCCCAAACUUGGGUCUCCUGCUGUUUUUGAACUACAAUUCCCACUAGUCGUGCUAGCUAGGGAUGAUAGGAGAUGUAGUCCCCAAACAGCUGGAGACACAAGUUUGGGGAACCCUGCUUUAAAUAAACAAAAUCAGAACUUCAAAUGAACUCCUAGCAAGUUUUACAUACAGGAAACACCCGUUCAAAAGCUCUUUCUUUCCUUAUUAUGAUAUGCUUUAAACCUGGUCCUUUGAAACCUCAGAUGAAGCGGCAAACCUGUUUAUAGUUCAGUCCAGGUUGCUGCAGAGGGGUGCAUUUGAACAGCUGGGUGUAAUAAAGGAAUAAAUAAACUGGGCAACCUGGAUUUGCUAGUUCUAUGGUUCCAGGUGAUAGCCUGGAAGCGGCCUUACCUGAGUUUCCCUCUCUCCUACAGGGCAAGUUCUACCUGGUCAUUGAGGAGCUGAGCCAGCUGUUUCGCUCCCUGGUCCCCAUCCAGCUGUGGUAUAAAUACAUCAUGGGGGACGACCCGUCCAGCAGCUAUUUCCUCGGGGGGAUUCUCCUGAUCUUGUACAGCCUCUGCAAAGUAAGUGGCCGGCCUGAGGGUCAGGGGUGGGGAAAGCUUUAGGUCACUGUGAUGGGAUGAUGAGCUGCUUGUGCGUAAAAUCGUAUCCCCUCAGAGUUUGUUCAAGUCCACAAACCUCUGUCUGUGACGGAGCCCCUCAGACAUGGCUCCUCUAGUCACUAGCAGAUUCCGACAGUGGUUGCUUUCGUAAUCGCUUCCAACAUAAAAGCUCCUUAACGGAAACACGUCUUCUGGACUCUCUGCGUGACAGUUUCCGGCGAGGAGUGGGUGUUCUUACAGGAGGUCCUGAAACCUCCCCACUGUUUUCGCUGGAAGUGUCUCUGAGCCAUCCCUCCAGCUCACUUUCUCUCCCCCUGCUGGUUCCCUCUUCAGCUGCUGAGUCUCUCCCAACCUGUGUGAGCCCUUUCACCUCCCUGCUGGUUCCCUCUUCAGCUGCUGAGUCUCUCCCAACCUGUGUGAGCCCUUUCACCUCCCUUCCGUCCGAUGGCAGUUCCCUGACAUCCACCUCCCCUCCAGGGCCCCCUUCACCCCCUCUCGCCCCCUCCUCUACGGGCGGUGAGGAGGCAAAACCCCGGAAUGAACUUCCUUCAUCUUCCGAUGUCUCGAACACUUCUCUCCACCUGUUGCGGUUCCUGGUCUCGAAGUACUCCUCCUCCUCAGAGUCCAUCUCCCCUUCCCCUUCCGAGUCCGGGAAUCCUUCCAACUCCUCCCCUCAUCAGUGGUCCCAAAGUAUUCCCUCCGGAACCUCUCCACAGGCUGAGGUUUCCUUGGGAACCUUUGAUGGAACGUUUCUAUCAAUACCUCGUCAUUGAUAUCUUCGGCCAUUACCCAAGUGUUUUCUGACUCCGGUUCUCCUUCCCACGCUACCAAAUACUCCACCUGAUCCCCCUUCCACCUGGCGUCGAGGAUUUCUGCCACAUGGCUGCUGCAUUCUCUUUCUUCUAUGACCGGUCCCCGAGUGGCCAUCCCUUCUCGUCCCCCUUCGUACGGUGACAGUAACGACCUGUGAAAUACUGGGUGCAGUUUCAUGUGGUUGGGUAACCGGAGCCUGAAAGCCACUGGGUUGACCUGUUGAAUGACCUCAAAGGGACCCAACCUCCUGGGUCUUAAUUUCUUACAACCUCCUUUGAACGGCAACCCUUGGGUUGACAGCCACACCCUAUCUCCCACCCUUAUGGUUUCACCUUCCCUUCGGUUCUUGUCUGCCUGCCUCUUGUAUUCUUCCUUCGCCCUUUCUAAGUUGAGUUGGAGCUGACGAUGGAUUGCUUCCAUUUCUUCCACAAAAUGCUCGGCUGCCGGGACGCUCCAUCUCUCCCCAUCUUCCCCUGGGAAAGCCCUGGGAUGACACCCAUAAUUAGCCAAGAAGGGGCUCAUCCCUGUGGACACAUUCUCGGCAUUGUUGUAGGCAAAUUCCGCCAGCGCCAACUUUUCUACCCAGUCAUUCUCUCUGUCAUUGACAUAACACCUCAGGUAUUGCUGGAGGACACCGUUUGCUCUUUCCGCCUGCCCGUUGGUUUCAGGGUGCCGGGCAGUCGAAAAAUUGACCUCCACCUGCAGUAAGCUCAUGAGCUUCCUCCAGAACCUGGAAGUAAAUUGUUUUCCUCGGUCUGAGACCACCCUCAAUGGCACCCCGUGCAACCUAAAAAUGUGUUCUACAAAUAACUUCGCUGUCUCUUCCGCCGUGACUGCAUGCGAGCAAGCUACAAAGUGGCACAUCUUUGUUAGUAGGUCUACCACCACCAUGAUGGCUGUUUUCCCUUUGGACUUCGGCAGAUCAGUCAUAAAAUCUAUCGACACUGCCUCCCAAGGUCGUUCUGGGGUUGGUAAGGGUUCUAAUAGCCCCGCCGGCGCCCGCCUUUCCCUUUGGCUCGCUGGCAUUGCUCGCACCCUCUUACAUACUCACGUACAUCUUCCCUCACCUUAGGCCACCAAAAUUCCCUGGUGACCAACCACAUGGUUUUGUGUUGUCCAAAAUGCCCCGCCGUAGGGCUGUCGUGCAACUGCUUGAGUACCCUCCCCUUAAGUCUCCUUCAGGGAUAUACAGUGCCCCUUUGUAAUACAAAGCUCCAUUUCUUUCCUCGAAACCCCUGGUUCCUCUCCCUCACCCCUAAGACCUCUGAGCUUAUUCUGGGCGUAUUCAUCAUUCUCUGUUUCCUCUACCAGUUCUCUUUGUCCCACCAAUGCCGCCCCACACACCCAGCGGUCCUCUGGAAUGACAUGUCUCUCUUCGGGUGCUCCUCCCCUCCAAAUAUUCAGGUUUGCGUGAGAGAGCGUCCGCCCUAAUGUUCUCUGGGCCUGGCACGUAACAAAUCUCAAAGUUAAAUUUGGAGAACUCCUGGGCCCAUCUCACUUGCCGUUGGUUGAGCACUCGUGCCGUCCUCCAAUACUCUAGGUUCUUGUGGUCAGUGCACACUUGCACCUUAUGUUGUGCGCCAAUUAGCAGGUGCCUCCAUCUCCGGAACGCCUCAUGAAUGGCUAGUAGUUCUCGGUCAUACACCGUGUAGUUCCUCUCGGAUUUGUUCAGCUUUCGCGAAAAAAGGCACACGGUCUCCACUCUGACUCCUUCUUCCCUGGCUGCAGAAGCACCGCCCCAAUCGCUCUGUCUGAUGCGUCAGUUUCCACUCUCAUCGGUUUUUGUAAAUCCACAUGCAGGAGUUGUUGUUCCGAGGCGAAGGCCCCUUUUAGUUCCUCAAAUGCUCGCUCCGCCUCCUCAGUCCAAACGAACUUCUUCUUACUGCUGAGACAGUCCGUAAUGGGCGCCGUCAGGUGGGCAAAGUUUCGGAUGAACUUACGAUAGAAGUUCCCAAAUCCUAGGAACCUCUGCACAUCCUUCCUUGUUUUGGGUGUUUUCCAUUCCAGCACCGCCUGGACCUUGCCGGGAUCCAUGGCCAAUCCCUUGUCUGACAGGCGAUACCCCAGGAAUUCCACCUCCUUGGUAUGAAACUGACACUUCUCCAGUUUCACCCACAGCUGGUUGGCUUGCAGCCUGCUCAACACUUCUCUGACGUCUCUCACAUGCUGCUCCUCAUUCUCAGAAUACACCAACACGUCGUCUGGCCACACAAUUCUUGUAAAGCAAAGGCCCCAGGACGUGGUUCAUAAACGAUUGAAAUGUUGCGGAGCCUGCUUGUAGGCCGAAGGGCAUAACCAAAUAUUCAAAUGCCCCUAAAGGGGUGAACAUAGUGGUUUUCCAUUCAUCCCCCUUCCUUAUUCGUACCAGGUUGUACGCCCCCCUUAGGUCCAGCUUUGUGAAAAUCUUUCCCUUCCGCACCCUUGUCAAAAUGUCGUCAAUCCUGGGCAUAGGGAAGGCCACUGGUUCUGACACUGCAUUUAAGGCCCUGAAGUCACACACCAGCCUCGGCUUGUUCGUGUUUUUUUAUCCACAAAAACACUGGGCUGCCCCCACCGCCCUGGACUCUCUGAUGAACCCUCUCUUCAGGUUCUUGUCAAUGAACUCUCUUAGCUCCUGCAUCUCUCUGUCUGACAUGGCGUACAGCUUGCCUACAGGGAGCUGUGCUCCAGGGAGUAAAUUGAUUUGACAGUCAAAGGGUCUAUGCGGGGUAGUUGGUCAGCUUCCCUUUCGCUGAAGACGUCACGGAGAUCUGCAUAUUGUCGUGGUACCUUCACGUUCUCCGUUACUUCAGUCCCUGCUAGGGUGGCUUGGGCCCCUGCCAAACCCUUUCCCUCUUUGCAGUGUUCUAAGCAAUGUGCUGAACCAAAAGAAACCACUCUCUGAUGCCAGCCCACCAGCGGAUCAUGUAACGCUAGCCAGCUCAUCCCCAAUAUAAUGGGAGCUCCUCCCAAGGUGGCCACAUUAAAAGCUAUCAGUUCGGUGUGCCUUGCUACCUUCAUUAUCAUUGGGACGGUCUGCAAGCUGACUUCUCCUCCCAACAGCUCCCUGCCAUCGAUCGUGGUCACCUGCAGGGGUUGCUUAAAGGGAUCGUCUGUAUCUGGUGUUCAGCUGCAAACUCUUUGCUCAUGAAAUUGCAGGAGCUGCCUGAGUCCAACAGCGCCUUUAUCUUUAGAGGGUGUCCGUUUGGCAGCUCUAGCGUCACUUCUAUCACUAGGGCGGGUUUAGGAGGUUCUGGCGUGGGCACUCUCACUGCUCUUUGGCCUGGCUGCUGUGCCCCGACAGUGGCAGCCAGGCGUUGGCUUUACUUGCUCCGGUAUUUCUUCCUCUCUUCCAUCCACAGCUCCUACCAUCCCUUGCCAUUCCUUCCUCUGGGGGCAGACUCUGGCAAAGUGACCUGGCUGUUGGCAGAGAUAGCAUUUCCGGGCGCCUUUUCCCUCCUUCUUUCCCCCCUCACUGGGCUUUGAAACUGUGCGCGCGCGCGCUGUUCCGAUUUCCAUCGGCUCUGCCGGCGGGAAAGUUGGCUCUGGAAUGUCUGGAAUGCGGAACUCCUUCCAACGUUCCCCUUUCCCUUCCCGCCUCUCCAAUGCUCUCGCCUCCUGGCGCGCUCCUAUGGUCAGCGCUGAUUUGGUCAGCUGGUCCAUAGACUCCGCCCUGGGCGCCCGGGAAAGUUCGUCUUUCACAGCCGAAGAAAGCCCUUCUUCAAAGAGCAUUUGAAUGGGUUCCGCCGAUAAGUCCCACCCCAAUCUGUGAACCAGCAUGGUGAACUCAGUCCAGUACUCACGGACAGAUCGGCUCCCUGUUUGCAAGCCAUUAACUGUCUGCGCACCACUCCCUGUUCAAUAUCGCUGGAAAACAUCAGAUCCAUGGCGCGAAAGAACUUCAUCGUGUCCUUUAGGACGUCACUAUUCGCUGCCAUCAGGGGUCUAACCCAGUCUCUCGCCCCCUUUUCAAGAUGCUCAAUCACGAAAGCCACUCGUGAUUCCUCGUCAGGGAAUUCAUCAAACUGCAGAUUGAGGGCAUAUUGCAUCUCUGUCCGAAAGCCAUGAUAGUCUUUGGGCUCCCCCCCAAACUUCUGCACCAAUCCUGGUACCUUUCUGGCGAGCUGGGUGGCUUUCCCUUUUGUCUGCAUCCUGAGCCCUCCUCUCCUCAAGCCUCGCCGUCUGCAUCGCUAGCUGGACCUCCAACACCCGGUACCUUUCUUCCAGGCUUGGACCCGCUCCAGCUCCUGCUUCUCCGGUUCCGGCUGGGUUGCUCAUGAUGCCUUCUCCUGCACAAGCUGCUUUCAAAGACUGUCGGAAUGCUGUGAUGGGAUGAUGAGCUGCUUGUGCGUAAAAUCGUAUCCCCUCAGAGUUUGUUCAAGUCCACAAACCUCUGUCUGUGACGGAGCCCCUCAGACAUGGCUCCUCUAGUCACUAGCAGAUUCCGACAGUGGUUGCUUUCGUAAUCGCUUCCAACAUAAAAGCUCCUUAACGGAAACACGUCUUCUGGACUCUCUGCGUGACAGUUUCCGGCGAGGAGUGGGUGUUCUUACAGGAGGUCCUGAAACCUCCCCACUGUUUUCGCUGGAAGUGUCUCUGAGCCAUCCCUCCAGCUCAUCUUUCUCUCCCCUGCUGGUUCCCUCUUCAGCUGCUGAGUCUCUCCCAACCUGUGUGAGCCCUUUCACCUCCCUGCUGGUUCCCUCUUCAGCUGCUGAGUCUCUCCCAACCUGUGUGAGCCCUUUCACCUCCCUUCCGUCCGAUGGCAGUUCCCUGACAGUCACUUACAGUCUAACCUACCUCACAAGCUUGUUGUGGGGAUUAAAUGAGGAGGAAGGAGAACCAGCUGCUCCGCUUUGAGCUCCUUGCAGGAAAAGUGGGAUAUAAAUGUAGUAUUAUAUUUUUUUAUUUAUUUUUUAAAAUCCCAGCAAAUCAUGAGAAAAACCAUUUUCUGCUCGAGACCCUGGACAGCUGCUGCCAGCCCGAGUAGGAAACACUGGGCUAGAUAAGACAAGUAGCCUGAUCUGAGAUAAAGCAGCAUUCUGUGUUCCUUUGCGAGGACGUCAGCGCCCAUUCACACUGUGCUAGAGUGCAGGUUCAGUUGCCAGUGUUGUUUUUAUCAGCCUCCCAGCAGGCUGCCAUUCAACAGGCGAAGCUUUGAUCGCGCUUCAGAGAAAAUGCUGUCGCUUUCCUUGAAAGACAGAAAUAAAUAGCACCUCUUCCCCCCACCGCCCCCUCAUCCUACGGUGAAUUUCUACCUCUUUUUGUUCCAGUCUUUUGACAUCUGCGGUCGCGUGGGAAGUGUGAGGAAAGCACUGAAGGUCCUUUGCACCCCCCAGGUAGGUAGGCAGCUGCUUUGCUUUCCUAUAAUUAAGAUAAUUGGAUGCUUCAACAAUGGCAAGGAAGAGCAUCCAUCGGAGCGGCAAGUGACUGACGAGCUGCUCUGCAGGGAGCGCGGGGAAUUGCUAGCAUUGCGCCGGUUAGGAAAGAUUUGAGGAGUCCAGCUAAGUUAGCACAUCCCUGGAAAUCGCAGGAAAUUAUUCUCGGCUGUAUUCGACCCAAAGCAAGCAAUGAAGAAGCAAUGGCAGCCAGUGCUUAAAUGUAUAGACAAAGGCGAGCAGACAGGCUCAAAUGUGGCCCACCAGCCCUCUCUACCUGGCCCUCAGAACUCUCCCUAGGCCACACCUUCAGUCCCCAGCCACACCCCUCACCAGCCCUGAUUGACACCCAAGUGUUUCUGCCUGGCUGGAUAUGUGGCCUUGAAUUCUGGCCAUGCCUCUUGCCCAGAUGUUUUGGGACUACAACUCCCAUCACCCCCAGCUAACAGUACCAGUGGUCAGGGAUAAUGGGAGUUGUAGUCCCAAAACAUCUGGAGGGCCGAGUUUGCCUAUGCCUGGUCUUGCCUCUCUGGAUGGGAGGACCAAGGAGGGUGCGUGGGGAAGCCAUCCCACUGCAUAAAGGUAAAAAAUUAUAUUUGUUGUACCGCCCACCUUUGCCCCUGGCCCUCAGAAAGUUGCCCAGAAGGGAGUGCGGCCCUUGGGGUGUUGUAGGGAUGUUUUGCAUUGGAGUCACUUUCAUGCAGGCAACGGGCCCUAUGUCUCACAUUUGAGAGGCAGUGUGGUAUAGCAGUGAAGAGUCCCAAGCUAGGACCUGGAAGACCGGGGUUCGAAUCUCCCUCAGCCACGAAGCCCGCAGGGUAUCAGGGACUGGACAGAGGAGGAAUGGUGGAGACCUCCUGCCCAGCCUGAGCCUUCCAGAGAAGAGGAAGACAGUACAGUGGUACCUUGGGUUAAGAACUUAAUUCGUUCUGGAGGUCUGUUCUUAACCUGAAACUGUUCUUAACCUGAGAUACCACUUUAGCUAAUGGGCCCUCCCGCUGCUGCCACGCCACAACCGUGCGAUUUCUGUUCUCAUCCUGAAGCAAAGUUCUUAACCCGAGGUAAUAUUUAUGGGUUAGCGGAGUCUGUAACCUGAAGCGUAUACAGUGGUACCUCGGGUUACAUACGAUUCAGGUAACAUAUGCUUCAGGUUACAGACUCCGCUAACCCAGAAAUAGUGCUUCAGGUUAAAAACUUUGCUUCAGGAUGAGAACAGAAAUCGUGCUCCGGCGGCGCGGCAGCAGCAGGAGGCCCCAUUAGCUAAAGUGGUGCUUCAGGUUAAGAACAGUUUCAGGUUAAGUACGGACCUCCGGAACGAAUUAAGUACUUAACCCGAGGUACCACUGUAUAACCUGAAGCGUCUGUAACCCAAGGUACCACUGUAUAGAUAUACAACAGUGGUUUGCGGGAGGCCAUAGCUCAGAGGCAGAGGAGGAGAGAAGCUGGGAAAUAAUGGGGGAAGACGAGGGGGAAGCAGAGCUGGAGCAGCUGGCAGACACGUUAUCACUAGAAAGCAUUCCAGACCCCCCUUCUCCCAGAACCCGGUGAGCAUUGAAAGUAGGAGAGCAAAGGGCUCAGAGACAAAUGGCCCUAAGCGACCAGUGUAAUGGGGGUGGUGCUGUUAACGAUUGAAGAGAGAAGUGGGGUGGUGAUUACUCGGAGCAACGCUAUUACUCCAAGAGGCUGCUUUUCUCUGUGAAUAUUGAAUGAAAGACCGUGGUAAGAAUUCCCCUUGUUUAUUUGUUCCUGGCAGCCUAUUGUAGGGUGGGUGGGGAGGAUCGGAUUCCCUGACACCCAACACGGGGUGACCCAGCCUGUGUGUUGCUGCCUGACCUACCUCACAGGGUUGUUGUGGGUAUAAAAGACAAGGGAGAAGGCAGGAUCGAAAUGUCAAACUGAACGGUGUCAUCCUGUCAUUUUGACUACAUGCUUCUGCCUCCUUUUUCCAGACCUACGGGGUCCGUGCCACCAGCCAGCAGUGCAGUGAGGCUGGCGACAUCUGUGCCAUCUGCCAGGCUGAGUUCCGGGAACCCCUGAUCCUCUUAUGCCAGGUAAUGCGGACUGGUUGGGUGCAGGGCAGCCUGGGCACAGUGGCGCUGUCCUCACCCAGCUUGCUAAGUCGCCUCUGGGCUUAGUUUGCCAAACUGGGGGAGGGGGGUGGAAUGAUCAUACAAAUUGCAGGUGUCACAGCGGCACACAGACACGCACAAUGGCACUUUCCAUGAAAUCUUGCUCAACAUGGGACUUGAACGCACGACGCCGAGUUUAAGAGUGCCAUGCUCUUGAUUUGUCUGGGAAGAGUACACUGUUAGUUCCUAAUACUGAAAAGAGGGCUUUUUGUCUUGCAGCAGCCAGGGGGCAGGGGGCAUUGGACAAGCUUAGAUCCUAAUUACUUUUAUUUACUUUAGUUUUUGAAUGCCUGGGAAGCUAGCCCCCCCCCCCCUUUGCAUAUGUCAACACUUUGAAAUUCAUUUUUAAAAAAUGGAAGGAAAAAAGAAUUGGGGAUAGGGUAAAGAUUUCAGCCUCCUUAGAAUUGGGCCCGGCACCAGCAGCAAGCAGCCUCGGGCACCUGCCAGCACCCACCAGCGCUCGUGUCUUUGUGGCUCCCGAGCAGCAAGAAGUUACUAGUCAAUAUUUUUUUAUUUAAAAAAAACGAAUUUCCACACAGUGCCACAGAGGGGCGCUCGUUCAAAUACUCUGGCGCCCCUCCUAGCGGUCCUUUCCAUUGCUACAUGCUCGCUGCUUCCUGCUCAUUGUACACCAUCCUGUAUUUUCAGCACCGUUUGCCUCUGCAGAAGGUCCCAGGUUCCAUAAUAAUGACAAUAACCUUUGCUCCUUUUGCCUAUAAAGCACGUAUUUUGCGAAGAGUGUCUCUGCCUCUGGUUUGACCGGGAGAAGACCUGCCCGCUGUGCCGCUCUGUGGCCGUGGAGACCUUGCGGUGUUGGAAAGACGGUACCACUUCGGCUCAUUUCCAGGUGUAUUAAACAGGAUGAAUAGAAUGGUGUCUCUCUCUCUCUCUCUCUCUCUCUCUCUCUCUCUCUUUCCUUUUCUCUUUCUCCUUCUUUGGUGGUGGAAAGAAGGAGCAUUUGCCUGCAUGCUUACCUG